GCCUCGUAGAUCAAUAUGAACGUUUUUGGUUUAAAACUAUUCCAAGCAUCACAUAUUCAGCGGGUAUUGCACACAAUUUGUGCUUAAAUGGCACAUUUGUUUUGGAACAAAGGCGAAAUGUUAUUUAUCAGAAAAGUGCAGUCCAUAAAUCAUAUUGUAUUUCAGUUUGAAUCACCGUCUGUGUACGUUGAUGGAGUUUGCUUAUCUCAAACUCUUAUCGGUUAUUGUGUUCUUUACUAUUUUGGUUACGUCAUGGGCCGCACUCAGGAAUUUUUGAAAAACUCGUGUUUGCCAACGGCCAGUCGUCUCACCUUAGUAACUGAAAAAAUCCUGGAAACUCCCAAAGAAAACAAAACUGAGUUUUUCAAGCAAACUCAGCCGGGUCCUGACACAAACAAACUGAGAAGCCUAUUGGGAUUGUACCAAAUAAAUUUCAGAACUCACGUAGAACGCUGGCUUGAGCUAUCGACGAGCGCUUGUGGGUAAAUAUGGGCGAUCUCCCGCAUAAAAUGGUGAAAAGAAUACUACAAGUACAUAUAAACUUUUUAUACGGGCCUCAAAUUCGGAGUUGUGUGCUCCUUUAGAAGCACCAUUCGAAUAAAGUUUUUUCACAUAUAUUUUUCAGAUUAUGUAAAAAAUUUACCUUUUGUUUUUUAAGAAAUUAUUAUUCCGGUUGGUACGGAUUUUACAUAACGACUUCUUGGAAAUUUCAGUGUUCUCUUUUUUAUGAACGAUAGGUAAGUUUCUAAAAUAUUAAUUUUGUUACUUAGAAACCAGAUUUUUUGUUACGGCGUCAAACUAUUUAUAUUAUAUUGUAUUA